AUGAGCAUUACUGCCAGCCCGGGCAUCUUUGAAGUGGACUUGUUAUUCCCACGCAAUGCUACUUAUUCCCCUCAGGCGCUGACGCCCAUCGUGUGGGCGCUGCAAAAUCCAAGUCUGGCUUCCCCAUUGACGGCCUCAAUUACCUGGAGCCUGUGGGAAGGCAACAACCAGACCUCCCCCGGCUCCAUCGGCGGGGGACUUUUUGAGCUGAGUCUGAUGGACUUUUCGUCCAGUGAACCUCAUCUGGUCUCGGAAUUCGUCAACACCGUUGCCUACCCGGAUGGGGAUUGGACCCUGGCGUGGAGCCUGAGUGUCUACAAUUGCUCUCAGCUUGAGGGCCACUAUCACGACAUCACGCGAACAAAGUCGGGCCGGGAACCCGAUCUGGUGGCCGCCACUUCUGCCGAUGAAUGUGGCACGAUGGAAGCAUAUGCGUUUAAAGUCACAUCCUUCGGAGAUGUUUGUGGUGACCUCGGCCCGACUCCUACCACCAAUCCGCGCGCCGUGACCAUCAACUCGACAGCCACCUCCAGUCUAUACGCCCUUAUCGCGGAAUGCGAAUGUGACCUGUCCCAGCGCGACGUCUGCCAGCAAUCCUGCGGGUCGAUCGCGUUUGGCCACAGCACCGGUCUUGUUGAUGCUACUGGCCACGGUGACCAACUUGAUUCAUUGUGGGUGAGAAGAAGGGGGUGA